AUGAGCAGAUCGCUGCAUCCGUCAGAUAUUGAAUUUGCGGAAGCAGAAACGACCAAAUACGAAUGUAACGUCCUGCCGGUGUAUUCAGAGUACAGCGGGCCCGUGCAGGCGGGAUCACAGUUCUGGAAUGCACAGAAAACUACGUGCUCCGUUGACGGGCAGGACCAGAUCAUAAAUUACAUGAGGGGCAGACGGCUAGUUGGAAAGGAACACCGUUUCGAAGGAGAGCACAAAGUGGGUGUUUUUCGGCGCGAGACCAUCGACGGAAUGCGAAGCACGUACAAGGAGGUGGGAGAGAGCAGUGCAAUUGUGAACUACGGGCAUGAGAGACUGCCAGACGAGAAUGACGCGAUCGAGAAGCUGGUGGACUGGAUUUCUGUGUCAAAACAGAUUCACGACGAGUGA